AUGCGUUGGCGACUCCGCUGUAUCUACAUCACCUAGAACAGAGCCAUCUUUGCAUCUUUAAGUCCGACAACGGUUGCCCUUAAGCUGUUAUAAUCAAGAAUCCAGUAUGUUGACGGCUGCAGCUUGCGUUGAGUGCAGCACGAGCGCGCCUGCAGCAAUGUUGACAAACAAAAAGAACGUUAAAUUGUCUGGAUCCCGAUCUGUGCAUUUACCAAAGCGAUUUCCGUCCAUCAGGUUCCAGCAAGGUGCCAGCUGCAGGACUGCAUCAGCAGCUGUCUUAUGCAGAGCAGGAGGAAGCCUGCAGAGACAACGGGAAAAGGCGUGGCAACGAGUGACAUGCACGUAUCCUGAACCUGAGACGGAGAAGGAGCGAUCCUCUGUGGACUUCCCUCAGGAGUGGAUGACGCCGCAGCCGAGCAGGAGGCCAGACCCGAUGCCAGAGUUUGAGAAGCUGGAGACGCCGCUGCCCAAGAAGCUGCCGGGGGACCCAGAGAUCCCAGACGAGGAGGAGGAAGAGGAGGAGGAAAAGAAGAAGAAGGACCCCGAAAAGGACGACCCUGAAAAGGAAAAGCCAGACGCACCCCCGGGCGAGGAGUAAGCUUGAGAUGCAGUGCCAGUGUACACAUCAGCAAAUGAAACAUUGUGCAUGCCUCAGGCCUUAAGAAUGCAGAUGAUGUAGACCCAUACAGACUGACUGAUUGACAAACAUCUGCUUGGCGCUUCAAGCAGUUUGAGCAAAGUUUGAUCUGCCAAGGGCAUUUGUUUGUGCGUUGAUGCGGCAGGACCAUAUGCAAUUUCUGUUCAGAUUUAUCCCUUGGUAGCAUGGAUGAGUAGGUUAAUGUGGAAGGUGCUCUGUGGGCAGCAAAGCACAAGCAUCUGCAGCAUGCAUACAUAGGGAAGUGCUGUUUGCUUAUUACAGCCACCAUUUUCUUGUGCUUUAAGCAAGGCACAUUACUAAAAACAUAUAUCAGCUGCAGAAUUCAUGAUCAUUUUCUUAGAGAAUCAAAUCAAUUUCUGGUUCCUUGAGUUCCAUACUUGUGAGUUGUUCCUAACUCACAAUUAUGCCUGUCACACACUACUGCAUUCACUCCUACGCUACUGACUGAGGGACACUGAUCAGAAGUUAGGGGUGUAAUACAUGUAUCAGC